CGGCGCGAGGAUGCAGCCGCACUUGCUGGUCGAACAUGGCCCUUGCAGCAUGCUCAGCUCGCCCUUUCUGGUCGACAACCUGCUGAGGGAGCAGGCCGCUCUGAAGGAGCGCGCCCUGUCGCUCACCAUACUGCGGGACGAGUGCUCAGACGACUCGGCCUCGCCGCCGGCCCCGCCGCAUACCCCCACAGACGAAAAUGACACUCCUGAGUGCACCUGCGGCGUCGAUGUCGCCGACGCCGUAGCCCAUGACAACCACCACGACGACUCCAAGCCGGUCCUCAAGUUCAGUGUUAGUGCAAUCCUCGGUAGUGAUAAGCCUGGCCCUUGCGCAGCGUGUCUUCAAAGGUCAAGUCCGGCGAGGCGUAAACGGCUGUACACGGAGCAGCACCUGAGCAGUUCCCAGGUGCAGCACCACGUGCACCAGGCCCUGAACGCCGCCCUGUGGCGGACGCACCACCCCUCGGGCGCACCUAUCAACCCAUUCCUGCACAGUGGCACGGGCCCUGCGUCGUUUGGCGGCUUGGGCAUCGCCAAACCCAUCGCCUCGAGGCCGCAGCCGACGCACCACGUCUUCGACUCGCACCUCCAGUCCUUCCUUGCCUCGUGCAGACAUCCUUACUUGACUGUGACAACCCAAAAUGGGGGCCAGCAGCAGACCCCAAACUCAGCCCAGACGGUCCAGCCGAACGGCCCCUCGGUUUUCCCGUUGGCAGGCUCGUUUCCCUGGGCUGGCAGCGCGAGGGGCAAGCCGCGGAGAGGGAUGAUGAGACGUGCUGUGUUUUCAGACUUGCAGAGGAAAGGGCUCGAGCGGCGCUUCCAGCUGCAGAAGUACAUCAGCAAACCGGACAGGAAGAAACUGGCUGAGAAGCUCGGUCUCAAAGAUUCACAGGUAAAAAUUUGGUUCCAAAACCGGCGGAUGAAGUGGCGCAACUCGAAGGAACGGGAGCUUCUGGCCGCUGGAGGUUCGCGGGAACAAACCCUGCCCAACAAAAACAACCCGCAUCCCGACCUGAGCGACGCCGAGGCGGACAGAGCCAGGAUGCGUGACCUGGGCCCAUCGGAUAUGUCACCCGCGGGCUCGCCCCAGGCGGCCGGCGGCCAGCACGAGGCUGACAUGUCGCCGACGCAGCAAGAGUGUUGGGACGAGUCGGACGACGAGGAAAUCAACGUGACGUGAUCUGAGCGUAUACAGCUCGUGAAAUUGAUAUUUUUUGUUAACUAUGUCCGCAUUUACCUUAAAUUGCCGCGCUGUCCGGUUGAUUACGUUAGUAGGCAUGUAAAUACACUGUACUUGGAAAUGGCUGGAUUUUUUAAUCUCUUCAACUUACUAUAUAGUAUAAUUAUUAUCAUCAGUGUAUCAAUAAGAUAAAGUAUGCACUAAAUCAGAUCCGAGAACACUUCAUUUUCGCAAUAAUGCCGCACAAUCUUAGGAAAAAAUAAGAGAUCUUGAAAGAAGAUCUAGAAGUCUUUUUGUAAAUAACUCAGUAUAAAUAUGAAUGACACUGUGCUUGGUGUUAACUCGAAUUAAAAUACAAUAUUGUGUAAAGAAGAAAUAAAUUUGUGAUUAUCCAAAAUUAUUGAG